AUGCUCGACGAGAACCUCCCCAGCUUCCAGUUCCGCCCGAGCUCGGACAACCCAGACGCGGUCGUUCUCUUCUUCACGCAAAACGGCUCCGAACCCGAGCCCGAGUACGUCUUCAAGCGCGCCGACCCAAUCUCCCAGCCCGCAUGCCGCGGCAACUAUGCCGCCGCCAUCGUGGACCCCUACCAGCCGGGCGUCGUCUACGGUGAGGUCCUGGUGGCACCAGAGUGGACGCAGCCGACGCUCUCGGCUGCCGAGAUUCGCGCGCAAAACGGCGCCGCCGCACCCUCCUCCCCCGUGGUGCCCGACGCCUUCUUGGUGCAGCUUUACAACCCGGACCAGUCGGUCGCGUUCAAGAUGUUUGGCAGCAGCGGCUGGGGCAAGAGCGGCGGCUGGGAGUUUGAGAUACCGUCGCGGAGCUUCAGGAUGCCCAGCGCGAGCCAGCUGGACCGCCAGCAGGCCGACGCCACCGUUGUGAGCGACAUUGCGCCAAAGGUCAUGUUCAAGUGGAAGCGGGACGGGAGGCUGUCCAAGGACAUGACGUGCUACAUGUCGGGUCGGAGCCUGGGUCGACACAAGAGCAAGGAGCCCGACAUCACCAUCGCAUUCCUCAAGCAGGGCCGCGACCCGACCCUGACCAUAUACGAGCCGAACAUGCGCCGCGUCGACGUCGAGGACCGAAAGGGGCUGGACCUGGUCCUUCUGCUCGGCGCUGCCGUCAUCAGGGACCUGUAUCUGGUCCCGAGGCAGGACCCCUUCAACAUGAUGACCGAGACGGGCGGGAGGCUGCGCAAGAACUCUCGGCCCACGGCGCCGCUCGCCGCACCCACCAACGGCGGCGGGCCCGUGAUGUCUGGCGCCAUCGCCAGCAACAACAUCCCCACCACAACCCCGACUGCCAUGUCAUCAACGACGCCUCCAUCUCGGCCGCCCACAGGUCCGGCGACGCAGGCCGAAAUCGACGCCGAGACGGCCCGCCUCAAAGCCAUGGUGGAGCAGGAGGAGCGCGAGGCGGAGGAGCGCGCGCGGCGGGAAGCCGAGGAGCAGCGGCGCAUCCAGGAGAUGCUGGAACAGGAGGAGCGGCGCGAGCGGCAGCGGCGAGAGGCCGAGAUCGCCGCCGAGACGGAGCGCCUGCGGCAGAUGUACGGCACCGAGGGCCAGGAUCUGCCGUCCGCCCGCCCGAAUCUACCCCCGCGGCCGGCGGACCCGCGGCCUGGGAGCGCAGGCCCCUCGAGCUCGGCACAACCGUCGCUGUCGUCGUGGUGGCGUGGUGGCGGGACGCCCCAGCAGCCCGGGGGUCAGUCGUCCUUCCAGGGUGGUGUAGGCGGAGGUAGCAGCAGCGUUGCGAACCGGCUCUCGACCAACCCUUACGUCCACAAUGCGGCGGCUAGCGUCAGUGGGUUUUUCAACCGGGAGCGGGAUAGAAGGGGAGAGGAAGGGAAGAAGGUGCGUAAGAAGAGGAGUGUGCACUUUUAA